AUGAAAGUUGUGGUUCGGACCGUGCAACACGAGUCCGCUUUGGAAGCAGUACCGCGCACCCGGGUCAGAGAGAUCUUCCACUUGUUCAGCAAGGCGCAGGGAAUCACUGAGACAUGGUACUUCGGGCUGAUGUACCGCGGAAGCGACAACGAGGAAGUUUGGGUGGAAGACUCAAAAAAGACGUUGAAGGAUCAUCUGAAAACCAACGCCAGCUUGUAUUACAAAGUGAAAUAUUAUCCGGAAGACGUCGGAGAAGAGCUCAUCGAGAACAUUACCAUCGAAUAUUUUUUCCUUCAAGUGAAAUCGUCCAUUUUGAAUGACGAAAUCUACUGUCCUGCAGACACCAGCGUCCUGCUGGCUUCGUACACCUUGCAGGCCAAAUUCGGCGACCACGAUGCCGAUAAACACAACGAGAAUAUCAUCAAGAAAGAAAAACUCAUUUCGGAUAGGGUGAUCAACCAAUACUCGAUGGACGCUACUGAAUGGAACAAAAACAUAACGAGCAUGUGGAUCAAGCACAAAGGUUUGGAGAAGGAGGAGGCCAUGCUGGAGUAUCUGAAGCUGGUCCAGAAUCUGGAAAUGUACGGCGUCACAUAUUUCGAUAUAACGAACAAAAAAGGAACGGAGCUACUUCUUGGAAUCAACGCCCUAGGACUUGACGUAUACAAACGUGAAGAUAGAUUGAAUCCGAUAAUUUCGUUUCCGUGGUCAGAAAUAAAGAACCUGAAAUUCAAGGACAGAAAAUUCAUCAUCAAACCGACAGUCAAGAACACGAAAGAUUUUGUGAUUUUCACGUCGAGCGGGAGAAUGAGCAAAUCCGUACUGAACCUGGGAAUAGGAAAUCACUCAAUGUAUGUGAAAAGGAGGAAACCGGAAUCUCCGGAAGUUACCAAGAUGAAGGAGAAGGCUGCGCAAAUUAGGAAUAGAAGGAAUGAACAAAAGCAAAAGUACUACUCAGAAAAGACCCUGCGUGAGGAAGCCGAACACCGCGAGGCGGAGUACAAGAAGCAGAUCCAGCUGAUGAAGGACGAGAUGGAACGCGACCACAAACGUCUGAUGGAGGCCAACGCGACCAUCGAGCGGCUGCAGAGGCAGCUGGAAGAGCUGCAAAGGUCCAAGGAGCAGCUGGAGGAGCAAAGGAACGAGCUGCGGACGAUGAUGGAAAGGUUGGAGCACAGCAAAAAUAUGGAGUUGGCCGAGAGGUUGAAGCUGGAGGAGGAGAUCAGAGCGAAACACGAAGAGGUGGAGAUGAUACAGAGAGAAGUAGAAAGACGAGACGCGGAGGCCAAGCGUCUGCAGGAGGCGGUGGAGGAGGCGCGCCGCAAGGAGGAGGAGGCGAGGCAACGACAGCUGGAAGAGGCCCUGCGGCGAGAGGAGGAGGAAAGGCUGCAGCGGGAGGAGCUGGAGACGGUGCCCGAGGGGGCGGACACAGCGUUGCCGGAGCUGCAGGAGGUCAACGAGCAGCUCAAGGAACAGUUGAAGAUGCUUCAGAGUAAAUUGAAUGAAACGCGUCAACAAGAUAAAGAAUCCGACCUUGACAAAAUACACAGGGCAAACCUUCUCGAAGGUCGAGACAAAUACAAGACAUUGGCUGACAUCAGACGAGGAAACACUGUUAGAAGAGUGGAGAUGUUCGAGAAUAUGUGA